UCAACCUCCCUCACGGCUCACUCCCUCGCUCCCGCCUCUCGCUCUCGCCUCACAGAACUCCCAACAGAAAUCGAUUUAGUUCACGAUUCACGAAUCGAAAUCGCAAUCGCAAUCGGCAGUUGACACAAUCGGCUCUCGCUCUCUGCCUCUCUCGACCAUUGACUGCCGUCUGCGGCUGCCUCUCUCGACUAUCGCCUGCUCACUGUCGUCGCCCGUCUGCCUCUCUCUUGGAGAUAAAACCAAUUAUGAAGGAUGCAUAAGUCAUGGACCAUGGGGUGGAUUUCAUGGACGUGUUAGCACACACCUUGAUGCUAUUGGGAUAUAUGUGAUGCCUGAAUCACUUGCACUUGGUCGAAACUCUACAACUAAAAACAAUUCCAUGCAUGAGAACACUUUGAUAUUGAUUACUAUGAUAAAGUCGACAGUGUCUUCAAUUUCCUACCAAUUUACAAACCUCUCAAUGGUUAGACAAUGGAACUACGCCAUUAGAGAAGCUGUAAACCAAGAUCAAUGUCAAAAAGCUCUCUUUCUUUUCUCCCAAAUGAUGCAAAAGAGCUUACAACCCAACCAUUUAACCUUCCCAAUCAUUGCAAAAGCAUCUGGAAAACUCAAUAACGUACGCUACUCUAAAAUCAUUCAUGCCCAAAUUGUGAAAUCGUCAUUUUCAGAUGAUAUAUAUGUACAAACAGCAAUGAUGGACAUGUAUAUCAAAUGUGAUUGUAUGAACAUUGCAUAUGAAGUGUUUAGUAGAAUGUCUCAAAGGGACAUUGCAUCUUGGAACUCGUUGCUAUUUGGGUUUGCUCAACUGGGUGUUGUUGAUGAAGUUUUGUCACUUUUUAAGCAAAUGAGAGUUGAAAGAAUUCGACCUGAUUCAAUCACACUGAUUGGGUUAUCACAGUCGAGUACUAGUAGAGAAGGUGUACCGAUUCUGAAGGCUAUCCAUUCUUUUGGGAUUCGUAUUGGGGUUGCGAUAGAUGUUUCGGUUUCUAGUACGUGGAUUUCUUCCUAUGCCAAGGUUAGAGACUUAGUUUCAGCAGAGAAGGUGUUUCAUGGGAUUGAGCCAUGUUUUGUGACGGUUGUUUCAUGGAAUUCUAUGAUAGCAGGAUAUGCUUAUUUUGAGAAAUCUUUUAAGGCUGUUAGUUUCUACAAAAAGAUGCUUUAUGAUGAGUUUAAGCCGGACAUUAGUACAAAUCUUAACUUGCUUUCUUCAAUUUGCCGGCCUGAAGACAUUUUUUAUGGUAAGUUGAUCCAUUGUCAUGGAAUUAAGAUGGGUUGUGAUUUGGACACAUGUGUACUUAAUACCUUAAUUUCUAUGUAUUCCAAGUGUGACGAUCUUGGUUCUGCAAGACAUGUAUUUGACAACAUGGUGUAUAAAACUUGUGUUUCAUGGACUGCGAUGAUCAGUGGGUAUGCUGAGAAAGGUGAUCUAGAUGGGGCUUUGGCCUUGUUUCAUUCGAUGGAUGCCACCGGUGUGAAACCUGAUUUAGUUACUGUGCUUAGUCUCAUUGCUGGUUGUGGAGAAACAGGAGCACUUGAUAUUGGAAGAUGGGUUGAGGACUAUGCUAGGUUAAAUGGAUUGAGAAGUAAUAUGAUGGUCUUGAAUGCUUUGAUAGACAUGUAUGCAAAAUGUGGAAGCAUUGAAGAAGCUUGUGAGAUCUUUUAUAUGAUGAGUGAAAGAACCGUUGUUUCGUGGACUUCGAUGAUUGCCGGGUGUGCUCUAAAUGGAGAAUUUGGAGAAGCUUUGACACAUUUUUUCCAUAUGUUGGAACUGGGAGUUAAACCAAACCACAUAACAUUUCUCAUUGUUCUUCAAGCUUGCAAUCAUGGAGGUUUUAUUGAAAAGGGAUGGGAGAUCUAUGAUCUUAUGAGGAAAGUGCACAAACUUGAUCCAGAACUAGAGCACUAUUCUUCUAUGGCAGAUCUUUUUGGUCGUGGAGGAAAACUAAAUGAAGCUGUGGAUUUUAUUCAAAACAUGCCCAUGAAACCUGAUGUCGGCAUAUGGUCCUCAUUGCUUAGUGCAUGCAAAAUUCAUCGCAAUGUAGCGAUUGGUGAACUUGCAGCUUGUCGUCUUUUUGAAAUGGAACCACGAGCUGCAGCUCCCUAUGUAGAAAUGGCAAACAUUUAUGCAUCGACAUCAUGUUGGGAUGGAGUUACCGCUGUUAGAAGACUGAUGAAACAAAAUCAAGUAACAAAGCAUCCUGGACAAAGCACUAUUCGAGUAAAUGGGAAGACUCAUAAGUUUACAGUUGAAGAUCGGUGUCAUCACAAAGGGCCAAUUAUAUAUGAAGUUUUAGAUGGUUUAGCUUUAGAGUCGAAAUAUGAAUUAGAUGUAUCAAAUUUACAAGAUGUUCUACCAUAAACAUACAAAUGAUUUUGGAUUCAUAUGGAAACUAUCUC